AUGGGGUUGUCCUCGGUGCUUCUCUGCAAAGAAUGUACACCCUGGCAGUGGCUCCUACUCACAAUCUCCCUUUUAACCUGCUGGGAUCUCUCCACCACUGACCAUAUCACGAUCAGAUCAGUUCCACCUCAAGUGGUCAGUGGAGAAAACGUCCUUUUCCUUGUCCACAAUGUGCCAGAAGAUAUUCUGGCCUUUGCCUGGUACAAAGGCAAGGCAAUCAUGAAACAUGGAAUUUCACUAUAUUCACGGCACAUGAAUUUAAGUGUGACAGGGUUUGCACACAGUGGAAGAGAGACAAUAUAUCGCAAUGGAUCCCUGCUCCUGGAACGUGUCACUGAGCAGGACUCAGGAAUCUACACCCUACAAACCAUAGAUAGACAGCUAAACAUUGGGUCAACAACAAUCAUGCGCCUUCACGUGUACCCUUUCCUUUGGACUUGUGGGCGCCAUGACACCUCUUCCAAGCCCACUAUUGAAUCAGUGCCGCCCAGCAUUGCUGAAGGGGGGAGUGUUCUUCUACUCGUUCACAAUCCCCCAGAGAAUAUUAUAGCCUUCUCCUGGUUCAAGCAGCUGAUUGCGUUCAAGAAAACUAAGGUUGCCAAGUACUAUGUAGACAGGAAAUCAACUGUGUGGGGGCCUGCAUACAGUGGAAGAGAGACACUGCUUAGUGACGGAUCCCUGAUGCUUCAUGGCGUCACUAAAAAAGACUCUGGAUUGUACACUCUGAAAAUUCUGAGAAAAGAUAAGACACAUGAGGAAACACAAGUGCAGCUCCAGGUGCACACAUUCCCUUCUCCAUGCUGUAUCUCUCUUACUUCUUCCCAACUCAUUAUCGAUGUGGUGCCUCAGUAUGCUAAUGAACGGGAUCGUGUUCUUUUCCAAGUUCAUAAACUUCCAGAAGAUCUGAAAGCCUUUUCCUGGUACAAAUUGGUAUAUAGGGACCAGGUCAUUAAAAUUGUAGAAUACAGCAGAACCACGACUUCCACCUCCUGGGGGCCUGGAUAUGGAAGAAGGGGAAUGGUAUUAUAUGAUGGAUCCCUGAUGCUCCAAGGUGUCACCGAGAAAGAUGCAGGAAUCUACAUGCUAGAAGUUUUAAACAAAGAAUCCAAAAUUGAAAAAUCAUACGUGAAAUUUUAUGUAAAGAGAUAUGCUGUGGGUAGAGAAGCUGCAAUAGGUGAGGACAUCUCACCUCUCUUUACCCGCAGAGAGGAGGACCUGUGCUGGGAUAGCCAGUCUCAGAUGUCACGUGCAGAGAAUUUGGCACAGCCCUUCGUGCAAAUCACUGACAGCACAAUUGCAGGACGUAGAUCUGUGAUCUUCACCUGCAUUUCACGGGACACCGAUGUCUCUAUUCGUUGGAUCUUCAAUAACCAGAGUAUGAAUCACCUACAAAGAAUGACUCUGUCCCCAACAAAGUGUGGACUCAGAAUAAGUCCUGUUAGGAGUGAUGAUGCUGGAGAGUAUCAAUGUGUCGUCUCCAAAGGAAUCAGUUCAAAGACCAGUCUCCCAGUCUCCUGGCCGUGA